ACUUCAGCCGGUCCCUCUGCGUUUCUUUUGGGGAGGCUUCGUCCCGCGGGCUCGGAGAUGGUCCAGCCGGCUGGGUCCUUCUCCAUGGCGCUCAGGCAGCAGCUGGAAGCCUCCAAGAAGCGCAGCACCGACUCCGGAGUCGAACCGGAUCGGAGCGUCUUGAGCAAAGAGCAGAGGCACCAGCGGAUCAGCCUCUUUCUGCAGGAUUUCGACCACCAGGCAAAGGAACACCUACAAGAAAUGAAGAAAGAAUUAGCUUCGCUUCUGCAGAUGGCUGAGAAGGCCUUCCGAGUAGAGCUGCUGGCUCUGCCCCCGGCCAUGAGAAAAAUGAAGAGGAAAGAUUUGUUGGAUCUCAAAGAAGAAGAUGCAGCUGCGGCAACAGCUGUAGCCAGUCUGGAAGCAAGUAACUGCGGCAUUGGAAACCUGCACAAUCCCAGAUUAAUAAGGACAAACAGCAAGCGAGUUAAAGUCACCACAAUUGUGGAAUAUAAGGAAGCUGAAGACGAACAGGGGACGCAAAGCAAGAAAACUUCUCAGAAGGCAUUUAAAACUAAGUCACUGACUUCUGCCAUCACAGAUAAAAAAGGUAUUGUCUGCAGGUCUGCAUCUGUGUGCUCCACUCCAAAAAUUAGACGCAUCGAGCGAUCGGCUUCUCUGCGCGAGCAACCGAGAUCUACUCCCAGGUUCACCAGCUCAGGGUCUAAAAGAUUUUCACAGAGGGGGUUUUCCGCAGGACCGUCUCAGAGAAUUCCGGCUUCUAGUCUUCGCAGUUCUUCGAUGCCACCUGGACGAUCCCUUCCUUUCGUCAACAUACCUCUGGCCGAUGGGCAGACUCUUUGCUCAUCCAGGGACGACAUCCAAAACAUUGAUGUCCAGCUGUUAAAUAAUGACACCGUCCAGCACAUCCACACCCUGGUGAAUCAGCUGACAGCCCUUUGUGGAAAAGCAACAGUUAAGUCAAGUUGAAGAAAUAGAUUGCAGCUUUUCCUGCGUUUUCCUUCGUGUAAAGAAACUCCUUGAUAGUUAAAGCAGCAGGCAAUUGGUUUUAAGGAUUUAUUGCAUAUUAAACUUUGUAUAUUUCUCAUCUGGAAACGCUUGGUGACUUGACAUUUGAAGCAGACGUUCUUAUUGGGAGACUGAAUGUAAAAUGGUUAUUUGCAUUCAUUUCCCCAGAUCGGCGUUUACGCCUGUAUGAAUACAUGAAACAUAAGUGAAUUUAGCUAAACGUUUAUUGAAACUGAUCUUCCAUUAGAAUUAAAAACUGAAGAAUGCACUUUGAAGUUCUGAUUUGAGUUUUAGUUUUGUCACGUUGAUGAUCAGGCUAUAAAAUUGCCUGAUUUUUUGACAUAAUCUUAUAACGAACAUAUAUAUGACAAAGGUUGGUGAAGCGCCAAAGAUCUGUGUUUUUAAGACUUUUGAGAACGGCUCUUUAAUGCAGGAAAAUCCCAAUAUAAUCUUCCUAUCGAAGGAGGAUUAACGGUCAGAAAUGUAGAUGUGCCUGCAUGCUCCAACUUUAUCACGGUACUAUAAAUUCAGAGCCUUAACUUGUUUUUAAAAGUUGGCUAGAGAUAUGCUAUAGUCCUCGAUUUACAAUCUUUUGUUUAGUAACCUAGUGACCAAUGUAAUAGAAAUAUAUCACAUACGAUACCAUAUUUUUCAGAGUAUAAGACGCACUUUCCCCCUCUAAAAGAGGGUGAAAAUUUGGGUGCGGCUUAUACACCAAAUGUAGCCCUGCCCACCCGCUGGCCCCCCCGGAAAAUGGGGCACGCGGAGCAGCAAUAGGCUAUGGCAAUCCCUUGCAACCUGAAAGUUAGUCUUUGGGAGGCCGAUCCAACCGACAAUCAGCUGAUUUUCUUUAGUUUUCUUUGGUUCAAGCUAGUUGUGAUGACCCGGAGUGUGACACAAAGGCAACACAGCCAGAGAACCAAUAUGAGUCCCUUGAUUAUCACCAACUGUGCCCCCAAUGUCCCUUUCAACUCUCCGGCCUGGAGAGAGCUCUUCCACCAACCUGUAAUAGUCUUUGGCUGGCAAUACUUCAGUCCCCAAACGUUGUAAGCAGAAAACUUCUAACAAAAAAAUCCAAAGGCAAGGCAAGGUAAUUAAUCCGGCCGGGCAAGCAAAAUAAGGAAUGCCACAAGUAAAGUAGCACGGCAGUAAAUCAAACCCAUUGGGAGGAUGCCAGGAUUCAAAGAAACACCAGAUAAACUCAGUGUUUGUUCCUGAUAAACACCCCUCCCAUUUGCCUCCUUUUAAACUCUAGCAGCAGCUGUGCCUUGUAAGGAGGAUCGGGUCCCUUUCCUCCCUCGUAAGCCACGCAACCCACGUUGCUCUCCUCUCUGUUCCUCCCUGCGCUGCCUAGGAUGAGGAGGGGUUUGGUCUUCAUCUGAACCCCCUCUCCCUUGUUCUACCUCUCCCCUGCUCUGCCCAGCCUGACUUUGCUCUUCCCCAGUUUCUUCCACAGCCAACGGAUCCACUCUCUCACUGUCAGGCAUUCCUUUUCCCCUUCAGAUUCAGACUCCGACAGAUUCAGACUCCUGUGACACUAGUCAAUACCGGAAGUGAUUUGCUUCAAAACUCCUAAGGUCUAAUUUCAGCUGCGAAUUGAUAAGAAAGCAAGCCGUUACAAAACGUAUCAUCAUACACCAAUGGUUUUUAUUAAGUUUCAGAAACCUUUUUUUUUUUCACAAGAUGGUAAAAAAACUCUUACAACCACUUUUUUUUUCCUUUUUCCUUUUAAAUCUUCCAUGGUUUUCCCCAUCAGCUUCUAUUCCCGUGUGCCGAAACCCAAUUUACUUACCAUGCA